CAGCCUUACCAAUUUACUCGACACUAACUAUGUUUACAUGAAAAAUGGUGGACAUUCUUCAAACUUCAAAAUGUCAUAUUUAAAAGUUGCCUAGCGAGUUUCAAGUAUAGCUGAUUCCAUAAUACUGGACGCAUUUAGAACCUUUUUAAAGUUUUCUUAAACCGAAAACUAAACAAAAGACAUCAUGCCACCACUGGAAUGGGACAAGGUUAUGUCGGCCAAGGUGGCCAGUCUUUCAGAUGAUCAGAUAGACGAAUUCUAUGAGUCAAUGAUUGACUUUAAAGUUGAUGAUGUUGUGGAGACUGGUAAACUACAGAAACUAUUUGAUGUAGCUAAAGUUGUUAUGAAAUCUAAGCAUGAGGUUGGUGAGGAAGUACUGAAAACCAUGGAAGAGGAGGCGAAACAGGCUGCAACUAAGGAUAAACAAGCUCAAAGUAAGAUGAAAGAAUUGGAGAAAAAAGUUGCAGAACUUGGGAAAUAUGGUCCAGAAACAGGAGGAGCUGCUGGGGGUACGGCAAGGGUUUUACGGGAGAAUGUUAGUGAACUAGAAAGACAGAAUGAAGAUUUACAGUCAGAGAUUAAAGAUCUCCGUAAAGAUUUGGCCAGUGAGAAAAUAGCAGCUGAAAAGUACAGUGAAAGAAUAAGUGAGCUAGAAAAAGACAUGAAAGAUCUAAGACAAGAUAAUGAUCAAAUGAGACAAGACAUAACAGAUUAUAAGAUGCAGCUUCAGUCUCAGGCUUCUGGUAUGGCUACAAGGAGAGGUGAUGAUGCUGACUUCAGGGAGAAACUAGCCAAGAGAAAUCAUGAACUGGCUGAGGCUAUGGAAGAACUUCAAAACUUGACUGAUGCUAAUGAAGCUUUUGAGAGACAGAUUGCAGACUUACAGAGAAAUCUGGAUGACGCAGUUAAUCAGAUGGACAAGACCACGGAAGAUUAUCUAAAACUAAAGAAAGUAUUGGAGCAGAGUGAUGCAGUGACAGACAAACUACGGGAAGAAAAUGAUGUCCUCAACGCGCAGGUUGCUGAUCUGAAUGAACAAGUUCAGUCCAAGACCGAUGCUGAUGAUGCUAUCAUGGUGGCUGUUAAUGAAAAGAUUGAAGAAUGGAGGGAAAUCUUAUCUCAAAAAGAUGCAGUGAUUGUAGAACUUCAAGGAAAAAACUUUGCAUUGAAUGAAAACCUGAUUGCUGCUACCAUGGAUACAGACAAAGCCUCUGUAGCUGCUCUGUCUAAAGUGAUCAAAGAUAAAGAUAAACAGAUUGAAGAACUGACGGAUCAGAUCAAAGUAUACGUGGAUGAGAUGGAGGCUAAUGCAGCAUUAAUGGAAGACAUGAAAGGAGAACUACAGAGAACUGGUACAGGUCCUGGGGAUCAACAACAGAAAAGGAUCCGUGAACUGACUAAUGAGAUCAAAUACCUGAAGCAGAAACUAAAGGAUCACAACACAGAUCUGACCAAGGCUGAGGAUGACGCUAGAGACAAGGAUAAGGAAUUAAUAGAUGCUCUGGAACGCAUGUCCAAAUAUGAAUCUGGAGAGUAUGGGCUUGCUGAGGCUGUACAGGAAAUUAAAGAUUGUAAACAUCAAGUUAGAAUCAGAGACAGGCAAAUAGAAGAGCUGACACAAGUUAUUAAUAAGAUAGAGAUGAAGUUUAAUGAUUUGGAAGAAGAGAAUGAGGAUCUUAGAUAUAGACUAGGGUUAGAUCCUAGGGAACCAAUAGAUCUUACAGAAUUCAAAGCUAAUAAGUCUAAGAGGAAAGAAGAAGAAAAAGCAUUAAACUUUAUACUACAAAGGGAGAUAGAAAAACUUGAAGAUGAAAGAAUUGAUUUGAAAAAGAAAAUGAGGAAGAUGGCACAGACGAUAGGACAAAGAGCUGUAGCCCUUGGUUUGCCAGCAGAAGAUAUGAUUGCUGUGAUGGACUUCCAGGAGGAACUGAAAACUCAGAGAAUGCAGAAAACAGGACCAUCAAUAGCAACAGCUAUUAGAAAGGAGGUAGAAAAAGAGGAGUCACAAAUCAAGUUUGAUGAUUACCAUGCAGUACAGAAGGAGAACUUUAAGGAGAUAGAUAAUCUGUACAGAGAAAAUGCGAAGUUUAAAUCACGAACAGAUCAGCUGGAGAAGGAAAAUAAACAAUUAGAACAGGGACUCAAAGAAGUUAUAGAAAAUCUUAAAACAUAUUCACCAGAAAAAGGAGAGGUAGAAACACAGAUGCAGUUUCCUACCUUGGAGAAAAUGUUGGCUGCAAUAGAAGCAAAGAAUCUUCUUGGGAACUAUGAUACGUCUCUGUUUCUGAAGGCACAAGUAGAUAAUUUACAGGGAAGGAAUGAAGAACUAAGGAACGAACUUAAACAGACAAGACUAGAGACAAGUAAAGCUAAACUGGAGACACAGAAAGCUAUUGAGAAGAUUGAGAAGUUGGAAGGAGAUUUAAAGAUUGCUGUAGAAUCUGGAGGCGGUCCAGGAGGUGUGUUCCAGACAAUGCCACUCCCUGAUUCCAUGGCAACAACAAGUGCAGAGGUCAUUGCCAGCAUUAACGAACACUUAAUAGUUACACUACAGGAACUAUCAAUAAAGGAGCAGUCAAUGAAAGAAAUGGAGAUUUCCCUGGAGAAUUAUAAGAGGAAGUUUGCUGUAAUGAGGCACCAACAGGGACUGGUUUAUCAUGAUUAUCUCAAAGAUAAAAAGGAAUGGGAAGAAGAAACACAGAAGAUAAAAGACAAAUUGGCUAAAGUUGAAGGAGAGAGAGAAGAAGAUAGAGUUAGAAUACAAGAAUUUGAUCGGUUAAUUGAUACAUUAUCUAAAGAUGACACAGAAGUCAGAAGGAGGCUGUCAGACAUGACACGGAGAAUCACUGUAUUACGUGUCAAUGAGAAAGCACUUACCAGGAGAUACAAUACUUCAGAGGAAGUGGAGGGGCAACUCAGGAAGGAUAUCAAUAGAUAUAAGAAUGACAUGGCUUCAGUUGAAACAGCUGUAGCAGAAAGGAUGGGGUACUUACAGAGAUAUAAGGACAUGGCUACCUUUAAGAUAGCAGCACUACAGAAAGCCUUGGAAGACUCCAUACCUGUAUCUGAGCUAGACAGAACCAAUAAAAAGUUACAUGAAGUCACAGAAAAAUACAGAGAUCACCUGGAAAAAGGAAAUUCAUUAAUCUCUAAAGCUGAGGCACUGACAGGGCUGGAGGAGGAAGUAAAGCAUCAAACAGAAGAUAAUGAUUCCCUGAGGAGGACAUUAGAAACAGAGAAGGAGAAGUUACAUGCUUUAGAGGCUGCAUUAGAAGACCUUCAUAGGAGAGGUGUGACGGAUGGUACCGAAAUCAAGGGAAUUACUGAUGGUGACGCCAUAACCAUUUCCAAAAAGAUCACAACAUUAGAAAUGAAGGAACUGAAUGAGAGACAGAGAGCUGAACAUGCUGUUAGAAUGUACGAACAACAGAAAUCUAUCCUCCAUAACCUAGAAGAGAGGAAUAAAGAUUUGGAAGAGAAAUUCUCUCAGAUAACCAAGUCUAACCUUGAACUUCAGAAGAUUGAGAGAGAAUUAAGAGAUGAACUUACAAAUUCUGUAACGAAGGAAGUCAGUGAUGCAGACAGGAAGAAAAUAUCCUCACUGGAGGAGGAAGAAAUCAAACUCAAACAAGAAAUCUCUAAAUUAAAGGAAAUAUCUGAAGUAGCCACAUCACAGGUGAAGUCAUUAGAAACAUUACAGCUAUCUAGAGAGAAAGAAAAUGCUUCAUUACGACAACAACUGCUGGACUUCCAAAUACAGAGUGAUGAAAAAACUAUUAUUGGUAAACUCCAUCGCCACAUUGUACAGUUACAAGUGAGUGAAGGUACCGCUGUGAGAAAGUAUGAAGAAGUGAAGAAAAAAGUGUCAAAGACGGAGGCUCUCGUCCUGAGACUGGAACAAAAACUGGACGACAAAAACCAGACCAUCUUCCAUAACAGGAAAGAGGCCCAGGACAAGUCUAACCACCUGAAAAAGAACCUGCAGGAUCUAAGGUUACAGUUCGCUGGGGCUAUACCUCUCACUAGACAGGAAAAAUUCUCUCAUAACAUGAUGCAACUACAGCAGGAUAAGAGCAAGUUAGAGAUGGAACUCAAAAAGGUAAAAGAAGAGAGAUAUCAAGUAGAAGAGAAGUUAGCUGUACUAGAACUACAACACAGAAGUCUACAGGAUCUGAUAGCUACAUUGAAGGAUGGUCGGGGUGCUGCUAAAGUUAUGGAGUGGCAUUCUAAACUUGAUGCUGUCAGGAUUGAAGAACUCAAACACAAGAGACUUAACUCAAAACUUCAGCAACAGACUCAGUAUUUAGAAGGUAUAAUCAGAUCAAAUGAAGCCAUGGUAGCUGACUUGGAGGCUGACAAUGUGCAUCAAACAAAGGACUUUGAAGAGAAACAGCUGAGAUGGGAGCACAGAGAGGUAGAAUUAGAAAGGACAAUUGGUAGACUGGAGGGUCAAGCAGCAGAAAUUGCAGGAGCAGCUUCUAAGUUUGAGCAAGCUUUAGGAUCCUUACCAGACCAUAAGUUACCAGUAGCAAACCAGUUAGAGGAAGCUAUCACUACAAUAAAGAGUAAUGUCAAGAUCAUACUGGACACACAGGCAGAAUCUAAAGUACUCAGAAAGAGAAAUCAAGAAUUAGAGAAACAUGUGAGACAAGCAGAACAGACAAUUAUAGCCAGAGACAAACUGAUAGCUGAGUUACGACUGAGAAUGCCCGCUACAGCUGAUAGAGACGAGAUCAUUCUCAGUGCUACCUCUAAAGUUACCUCAGCCAUGCAACAGAAACCUGGCAAAGAAAAGGAAUACAGGACAGAACAUUCUAUCAAAAUAGCACAGUCUACUAUUUCAAGCUUACAGGCCAGAUUAAACCAGAAAGAAGAGACAAUAGCUAAGUACCAGGAAUUAUUGAACCAGGCUCGUGAAGACAUGAUGUCAAUGAACAAACGACAUGAACAAGAUCUGAAAAAUAUGCAGGAGAAGAUUCACAUGAACACUGAUGCUGCGUUUAACAAGUUCAAGGACGCUGCCAGAGAACUGAUGCAAAAACAACAUGUCCAACCAGUAUCUAGUAAACAGAUUGGACGUUUACAUGAGUUAGAAGAUGCUGUAGCAGAACAGGACAAUGCCAUGGCAGCCAUGAGUGCUAAAAUCAAACAGAAAGACGAUGAAAUAACUAAUCUACGUCUCAAACUACAACAGAUAACAAAACAACAUGCCUCUGAUAAAGACUAUUUAACUGGUGAAGUAAAAACUCAUUCAGAGAAGAAAGACAAAGAAGUAGAUGACCAUAAGAGACAGGUUGAGCACAUGAGGAAAGAGAUUGAACUCUUGACCCAGGAAGUAGAUACAUUAAAAGAUCAAAACAAUAGAGCUCCUACUACAACAAUGAAAAACAUGGUGGACAGACUGAAAAAUCAACUGGCUCUGAAGGAAAAACAACAUCAGUCUUUGAGUAAAGCUUUGACAGAGUUGAGAGCUGAUAUGAUCCAACAGGCUCAGGAUCAAGUGAAACACACAUCAGAUGAAUCGGAGCAACAAAUCAAUGUACAGAAAAUUAUAGACAAACAUACAAAGGAAUUUGUUGAUCAAAUAGAAGACCUUCAGUUACAAGUGGAUAAAGCAAGGAAAGAAGUGAAAAAGAGAAAAGAAAAUGAAUCUACUCUGCAAACAGAUUUAGAUGAUCUAAGGGAAGAAAUAGGUCGAAAGGAGAAGAACUUACAGAGAUUUAAAUCUGAUAAACAUAGACUGGAAGGAGAGGUCGAUGACCUAGAGAAGAAAGUAGACAGAAUGAGUACAAUGAAAACACAGAAAACAGGAGAUGAUGCCAGACAACAGGAAACAGAGGAGUUAAGACGAAGAGUCAGGUUACUAGAGGAUGAAUUAAAACGUAAACAACAACAGCCGGAGAAACCGUACGAAAGACCCCGAGAGCCUGAACCUUCUCAACCAAAGAGAGAAAAGACUGAUGAAAUGAUUAAAUGGGAGGAGAGUAAAAAAUGGCAGAAAACAGUGGAGAAAAUGAAACUAAGAUUGAAAGACAAAGAAGAAGAGAACGAGAGAAUUCUAAAGGCAAAUAAAGUAUUCAAAGACCAAUUUGAUAGGGCUGAAAGAGAGAAAGAGACUUUACAAAGAAAGUUAACUAACUUACAAAGAGGUCCCACUGGUGGUCCAUCUAUGGUAUCAUCAGGGAAACCAGACCAUCAGAUAGAGGCAGUGAAGACACAAAACUAUCAGUUACAGGAAGAGGUAUCUAAUUUAAGGCGGCAGCUUGCCAUGGACAAAGAUGCUGCCUUCCAGGAUUUACAAACUAAGAACACAUAUCUACAGCAACAACUAGAGCAAAGAGAACACAGGGAGCAAAUUAUAGCUCAGAAAGCAGUAACUACCUCAGCUGAGUUUAGCUCUUCAGGUACAGUGGCUGCCAGAGAGUACCAGGAGAUAUUUGAGAAGAACCAGUCACUACAGAGACAGAUGCUAGCUUUGUCAGAAGAAAAUAUAGAAUUCAAAUUUGAAAAUGAACAGCUCAGAAAAGAUGUUCCUAGGUUAAGAGGAAGAGUAAAAGACUUACAGAAAUAUGUGGAAGCCUUGAAGAUAGAGAAUGCUCAACUUGGAGGUCACAACUCAUCCAGGUCUGGAGGCUCUAUGGACUCUAUUACUUCUAGUGGGAUAAGAAGAAUAGGAGAAAGUGGUAAGAGUACUCGAGAGUUGGAGAAGACUGUAGCCUUGCUGAAGAAGGUUGUAGAGAGAGUUCAGACAGAGAAUGAAAUACUGAAGAAAACAGCUGCAGGGGAGGCUAAUAUACGUGUACAAACGCUUCAGAUAGAAAAUGACGGUCUAAAGGGCCAGCUAGAAGAUCUAAGAAACAAGAUGGGUUCUACAUUAUCUGAGAGAUAUACGAGUCAACAGAAAGGUACAGCUAAGAUGAUGACAGACUACGAGAAAAUGAGGAAAGAUUUAAUGAAGGAAAUAGAAACAAAUGAAAAGUUACGUAGCGAGAUCAGGAAUCUGGAAUUCCAAAAAGAACAAUUGAAUGCCCAGUUACAGGAUUCUAAAUCUAUGUCAGCGUUAGAUAGGACGACAGGUUCACAACAGUCUGUGGAUACCAAGGGAUGGAAGGCUUCUGUAGCCACACGGAUGUACGAAGGCAAACUUAAAGAUGUAGAAACAGAUCUGGCUAAAAAGAAUAAGAUGUUAUCAGAUACCAAGAUUUUACUGAAGGAAGCUGCCGAGAGGGAGCAGUUAUUACUUCAGGAAAGAGAGGAACUCAGACAAAAAGUAUCAGCUAUGGAGAGGUUCCCUAAGGGACAUAAAGGAGAUAUGAGUAGAGACUUACAGCAAUCAAGACUACAAAUAGAGAGAUUGGAGAAUGAGAAACAAGAAUUACUACACAAAAUAACAGUGCUAAAACAACAGGCAGGACCAGGUGCUCAAGAGUAUGACACAGAUGCUCAGAAUAAGAUGGCUGCCUAUGACAGACUGAUGAAUGAGAAUGUAGAGAUAAAAAUGAGUCUGAAGUCAGCUAAAACUGAGAAAGAUAAAAUGAGACUAGAAGUUGAGAGAAUGAAGAAAGAACUACACAAUUUUGGUCCUGAUUUCUUUGAAGAAAUAGAAGACUUGAAAUAUAAUUAUAAACAGGCUUUAGAGAAGAACAUUUUAUAUGAAGAAAAAAUGACCCAAUAUGGAUUAACAAUAGAUUUACCUGGAGGUGGACACUGACCAAUGUGAAUAUGUGUAACAAUUAGUCCUUUAAAGACAGUGAAUCUCUCGGAUAUUGUAAUGGAAAGAUCUGUUGAAUAUGAUAUAGUCAUUAGAAUGGAGAUGAUUGAGUUUGUUAUCAGGAAUUUCAGAAUAAUAUGAAUUUGAUAUCGUAAAUACAAAUUUAUUGAUAUCAAGAUUAAAACAUUCUGUUUAGCUAGUGGCAAGCUUAUGAUUUGUCUGUAUUCGUAUAGCCAAAUAGAAACAAUGUCAGUGUAUUAGUUAGAGAGUAUAGUUAUUUGAGU